UUUCUCUCGAUCUCCUUCGUCUCUUCCUACUCCCCCAUCAGUUCUCCCUCCAUAUCAAUCCAUUCGCACUUGUGAAUAGCUCAAGCUCCAAUAUGGAAUACGAACCCAAGACCCCUCAGUACCUUACUUCCGACAAGACAAGCUUUGCCUUCGUGUCUGCGCACGAUCGAUGGCCAGUUAUUAUCACCAGCGCAAUUGACGAUCUUCACCGCACGGUAGCCGACGUCACCGAUGAGGAGAAACGCAAGGAGGGCAAGGGUAUCAUCGAGAAUCUAGCAAAAUUGAAGUACGAGUUGCAGCAUGAUCGGAAAUUGACACCGCUCCCCGACGAUGGCCAGCCAGAUAUUGCCGAAUAUAACGAUGAAUUGGAACAGAGGGGUAAUCCGACCUGGUAUGAUGUUGCGUGGCUAUACUCUGAAUGCUACCUCUAUAGACGCAUAAACACCUUUUUCACCCUCUCCAAAUACUGGAAAGACUACGAUGUCUUUGCACGCCAGAAGAUGUCGACCUUCAAGUCCUCCCGGCCAGCCGUCUUGGAGUUAGCAGGAAGAUACAGAGAUUUGGCAAGCAAGGCGGAAUCAGGCAAGGGCGAGGACGGCAAGACACCGGAAGAGAUCGAACAGGCGGAGAAGUUGCUUUUUGCAGAGAUGUGCGAGAUCUGUCUUUGGGGAAAUGCAACGGAUCUCUCACUCCUGACGUCCCUUACAUACGAAGACAUCCAGAAGCUGCAGGGCUCCGAGGCACGUAAGGCUUCGCAGAAGAACAUCAUCGUCAACGAUCUAGACGAUGCCUUCGACAUCCUGCGCAAAGCGAGAAAGGAGAAGAAGGACAGCCAGCGACAGGUCGAUAUUGUCCUCGACAAUUCUGGUUUCGAGCUCUUCGUCGAUCUUAUCCUUGCCGGAUAUCUCUUGUCCGCUGACCUCGCCACAACAGUCGUCCUUCACCCUAAGUCGAUCCCAUGGUUCGUGUCCGACGUUAUCCCAAAGGACUUUGGCGAUCUCCUCAACGCCAUUGCCGAUCCACAGGCAUUCUACACUGCACCCGAUGAAACGGGUAAAGAAUACCCCCGUCUCUUGGACAGAGAAGAAGAAGAGAUCAAGUUCCUCUUCGCACAAUGGAGCAAAUUCCACCAAGAUGGAAAACUAAUCAUACGUCCUCACCGCUUCUGGACCACCCCCGGAAGCUACUGGCGUAUGCCAAAGACAGCUCCUGAUCUAUUUGAAAACCUGAAGCAGAGCGAACUCGUCCUGUUCAAGGGCGAUCUGAAUUACCGCAAAUUGACCUCCGAUGCCGCCUGGGAUGCUACAACACCAUUCACAACCGCCAUUGGUCCCUUGGGACCGAAAUCCAACAUCCGCACCCUCGCCUUCCGAACCUGCAAAGCGGACGUCGUCGUGGGACUCCCACCCGGCGAAGACGAAAAGCUCCGUCAGGCUCCCGGCGGAGGCGGCGAUUCGGGAUCGCGCAAGUGGGCGUGGACUGGCAAGUGGGCUGUUGUGUCGUUUUGCGAUGGGAAAGCAUAGGCGAUUGUCAACGGAACUUCGUACUGGAUAAUUAUUGCUUCCCCGGAUACAUACGUGAGACGGGCUGUAUAGAUCAUAUAGGUCGUACAUAGAUACAGUGCGUAUAUUAGGUGAGACUACCUAGAUGGACUUCAAAACCAACAUUAAUAAAAUACGACCCA